AUGAAAGAGACAUCUGGUGCUGAAACGUUUGACCUGGUCAGUCUUUUCAGUGAUACACCCGCACCCAGCCUAUCAUUGCCACAGUCGACUAGAACCGACCUCGCCAAUUGCCCGAGCUCUACAACCAAUUCUUCCAACCAAUCGUGGAAAGACCCGACCAUGGAUAAUACACAAGCGUCAACUGAGAUCUCGAGGCAAAGUAUCGCGGCGAUCCUGGGGAGUGUGUCUGGUGCCGGUCUGGUUUUCGCCGUUAUCUUAGUCUUCCAUCGGUUUUUCUACCAGCCAUUUAAUAAGCCCCCAAAAUUGAUACGCUUCGUCUCACCUGAACGAGAGUCAGGGCCCGCGGACGAACGACUCUACGCUCAGCUUUCCGGCGGAAAGGAAAUUUCCCGAUUUUCAACGGACAGUUGA